AUGAAACGUGAAGCGGACGCAGAUGCUCUGUAUGAAAUCAUCAAGACCGUCAGCAUUGUAGCACUCGUCCUCGGUCAACCUGAAACACUAGGCUGGAUUGGUGCUACAGAUACUCUCAAGUUCCAUCUACCGGAAUGGGAGACCACCGCUCGUCAUCGCGGAGAAAAGCAGGUCCAGAUUGGCAAGAAAUCGGGUGUGAAAGAACGCGUAUCCUUGGUCUUUGAUCGUGUCAUGCCCGGCCACAGAAAGUACUUUGGCUUCAGUAGAAAGAUCGCCUACAUUGCCAUUUUCGUAGGAUUAUUGAUAUUACUAGCCGUGAUACUUGGUCUUGCAAUUGGCCUCAGCAAGAAGUCCAGUAACCACCAGAAUCUCCCUUUGGGAUCGCAGACUUACACCGGCGAUCUCACCUACUACGGCCCUGGACUAGGUGCCUGCGGCAUCACUUCCUCAGACACCGACCACAUUGUAUCCAUCAGUCACUUUACAUUCGACGCUGUAUCCAAAGGCUCAAAUCCGAACGCCAAUCCGCUGUGCGGACACAAGCUGAGAGCUGUUCGCAAUGGCAACAGCAUUGAUUUGACCGUUGUAGAUCGAUGUGUGGGCUGUCAACCUACUGACGUGGACGUCAGCCCUGGGGCUUUCAAGCAAUUGGCUGAUCCGAGUCUUGGACGCGUUGAAGUGACCUGGGCUUGGCUGCCCCCUGUGCCCGCAACCUGA